UUGGAAGUUCAGCCCAUUGGUGCAUUCGGAAUGUCACGAGAAUUCCGGACACAAAACCCCCGAUCCCCCCGUCCCACUAAAAAGUGGAAAGUGAAUAUCCUUGCACGGGUAGCAGAAGUCUUGGACUCCGAACUGGACGAAAAAGUGCAAUUCGUCAAUCUGCAUAAACGCUGGAGGGCUUCAAGAUAUGGAGCCUGCCUUUGGGGAGGUGAACCAGCUAGGCGGUGUUUUCGUUAAUGGCAGACCUUUACCAAACGCCAUCCGGAUCAGGAUUGUAGAACUAGCACAACUCGGCAUCAGGCCAUGCGACAUCAGCAGACAACUUCGGGUUUCCCAUGGUUGUGUCAGCAAGAUUCUGGCCCGAUACAACGAGACUGGAUCCAUAUUACCAGGCGCCAUAGGAGGGAGCAAGCCAAGAGUCACCACCCCUACAGUGGUCAAACACAUACGGACAUACAAACAGAGAGACCCGGGUAUUUUCGCUUGGGAAAUUCGGGACAGACUCCUAGCCGACGGGGUGUGUGAUAAAUUUAACCUUCCCUCCGUCAGUUCCAUCAGUCGAAUCCUUCGCAACAAGAUUGGAAGCUUAUCACAGCAUAACCACGGGGAGCUCAACAAACAGUCGUCCCACGUUCCGCCGCAGCCAUCGCUUCCUUGCAACCAUAUCUACUCGUACCCAACAUCCAUAAAUACCAGAAAAGUGCCAACUCCACCUGGCAUGCCCACCCUUCCCGGACAUAUGGCAAUGCACAGAAUAUGGCCGUCCUCUCAUUCCGUCACCGACAUUCUGGGAAUUCGGUCCAUAACAGAACAGCAAAUUUGCGACAGCCCGCCCAUGCACGGUGCCAAAGUAGAAGAGUGGACGACUAUAAACAGGAUUAAUUUUCCCACAACAAGUUCGCCGCGUGCCAAUGACUUGGAUAAACCGCACUUAGAACUGAACACAAAAUACGCGCAGAUGCCAAACAGAUUGUCCAGAGUGAGCAGCUGCGUCAGAGUACCCAGCCUUCCUCCCUAUCAGCCGGCCACCCCAGCAUCGCCCUACAUGGGCUACAGCGCAGCAGCCUCGGGGUACAUGACAGGACCUGUGUGGCAGCCAGCCAAUGGCGGCGGCCUGUCCCCACACAGCUGUGACAUCACCUCCCCACUUUCCCUCAAGAACAUGUCGGGUGGCAGCGAAAGCAGCCAUCGCGUGCCCGCCUCUGUGCUGUAAUCCCCUCCCCUACUGUAUCAGGUGGAUUCUGAUUGGCUUUGCACCCCAGAGACUGACCUACCACAGCAUUGCCUUGCUGACAAGGAUUCCACAGAGGAUCUAUGCUGCCCCGUCAACUCUCUGCACUUCGGUCCGCAAGACAACUGAGCGUCCCAGGGGAUCAGAUAUACUCUGGCUGAAACAGAUCUGUAUUUGAGGACUUCUGGCAGCGCAGGUCACCCCACUGCAUUCUGGGCCAUAGUUUUCCUUUUUCAUUGUUACCACAGGAAUAUCCGUAAAAAAUAGACCUUUGUAUUAGUUUGUGUCCCCCUCCAAUAUUAAACUCUGCAGGCAAUUUUCUUUAUGUUUUUCUUUUGAAAUAUCCUGCAGAAUAGCAGCUACAGUUAAACGUAAAGGCUCAGUUAAAAGAAAUUAUCCAUCCAUUUAUCCAUCCAUUAACAACUUAUCCUGGACAGAGGCACAGGGCCUGGAGCUUAUCCCCAGGUUAGCUUAGGGCAAAAGGUUCUUGGCACCCUGGACAGGAUACCAGUCCGUCGCAGAGCACACGCAUGCACGCACUCACACGAUCACACAGAGAAUUUAGAAAUGCCAUUCGCCUAACUGCAUGACUCUGGGCAGUGGGAGGAAAUCUUAGUACCCAGAAACCCCCAGGAGAUGAGGAGCAAAUGCAAACUGCAGAGAAAUUCAGAGAACAUUGCAGAAAAAAAAAAUCAUGGGUUAGCUACCCUGUCCUGGGAGUAAAUUUAGUUAUUCAGUUGAAAUUGUUUUUUAUAUAAAAUUAUGCAAGUUCUAAAAUGUAUAUUCUCAUUUAUUUAUUAUGGUGCAUUGGGUAUUUGAAUAAAGUGCAAUCACACCCAGGAA